AUGGCUAUAUUAAAUAGACUUCCAACAAAAGACAGGUUGAAAACGUGGGGAAUGGAGGUGGAUGACAAAUGUUGCCUGUGCCAGAGAGAGGAUGAAACCAGGGAACAUUUGUUCAUUGGAUGUGAUUAUUCAAAAGAGAUUUGGCAGAAGAUAUUAUGGAUGUGCAGGAUCUAUAGGGGAGUGAAGAACUGGUCAGAAGAGUUGAGAUGGGCAGUGAGCAAGUUGAAGGGGAAAGCUUUGAUCGCCAUCAUAUUGCGAUUAGCCUGGAAUGCCAGUAUAUAUCAGAUAUGGAAAGAGUGGAACAGCAAGAUGUUUCAACAUAAAGAAGAGAAAACUACACAGGUCCUUGAACACAUAAAAGAUGCUGUGAGACUUCGAUUACAAGGACUAAGUCGGAUUGCUGCGGAUCCAGCUGCCAUUAGAGAUGCGUAUAUUUAUGGUUGUAAAAAACAGUUGAAUUGUUGUAUUGUAGCAGAAUUCUGCUAG